GCUUACAGACACUGUGGCCUUAUUCGUGAACGAAGCUCGAUUUUUGCAGCUGUAGGAUGUUCUUCCAGGCUUGUUCUAUCCAAAACGAAGUCGGUGAACCCAUGUCUUUUUUUACAUUUCUGACAUAACUAACUCGUCAUCUUACAAUGGUAAAAGUCUCAGAAAAAAGUCAAUGUUGGAAAAUUUCUCUCUUAAACGAAGUCCAUGACCCCGGGCGUUUUCCAUUUACCAAAAAAUUCCGUAAAUCCCGGUUGGGAUGUAAAUGGAACACGACUUUUCGGUUCGUUCCAUUGGAAAUUUUCCGGAAUAAACGGAAUUCCUGAAAAGGUAGUCCCGUUUUCCCGGUGGAAACUUCCCAAUGGAAAAUUUGCGUUCCAUUUACAGAUUUCUCGUCUUUAUCACCAGUUCCAUGCCUUUCGCGGUCUUUUAAGCGGCCAGGCCUCCCUUCAGCUACCUCGUGUUUCAACAAAAAUGGCAGCUGAUCAGGGUCAGUUUUCCGGAAGCUUUUUGCAAACAAACUUUCAGGGCUACUACGAGUGCUCUGCCUACCACGUUCUAACGCCAGAUCUAGAAAAUUUACUGCAGCACGAAUGUGCUGCAUAUAAAAGUGGUAAGUAGAAGUUCUUGCUUCUUCGAAGCGUUUUUUUGCCGGUGCACGUUUCCCGCGUAAAAUGUUGCAUGAACAACUCUGAAAAGUUCUUUUGUAAUUCUUCGUUCACAGGUGAACGUCGAGGCCGCUGAAAAGAUAUCUACUGGAUUAUCUCCUGAAUUAAUCAACUCUCUUCCUCUAUAGAGGCUUGUAACAUUUCGCACAAAAACAACAUCUGACGGGCCUCAUUGGCCUCCAUUUUGAAUAUUCGCAGGAGAUUCAGAGAAGCGAGAGAGAGGGGCCUGUGAACGAAUGGGACUUGUGACAAAUGGAACGCACUUUUCCCAAACGGAAAUUCCCAAUAGAAAUUUUCCGAAUUUUUUUUGUAAAUGGAAACGCCCCCCCGUUUCUUUUUUCAUUUCUGAAACAAGUAAUUUAUUGUCUGUCCCCAGUCCCCAGAAGUUUGAAGAAAAUCUAUUCAGUAGAACAUUUUCGCUCGAACCUAACAUUUUACUCGGUGGGGUGCUGACAUGUAGGACUUUCGCGCAUUGUCGUCCUCAUAGCCCUUGUCGCCUCUAUUAGCCGGCUAAGAGAAGCGAGAAUGGACUUUUGCGCCGAAGAACGCUCUCACAAGUCCCGCGGGGGCACUGGGUUACAGGGAACAACCACGACGUGUUACAUGAAGCCGAAGUUAGCGAGGCAUCGAACCGAUUGUUCAACGUGUUGUCUAGAUGUAAACUUAGCUGUUUUCCAUCCUUCUGGGACGCAGGGCUGUGCUGUGUUAGGUGACAUUUCUCUUGUAAAUGGAGAGAGUACAGGCAGAGGCGUAGUGAGCAUGAUCUGGCUAUCCAGGAGCAGUUUUGGUUUGGGCUCCAAGCAUGUCAAAUUAGCGGCCAAGAGGUGCGAGAAGUCCACAUACUUGCUGGUCAUUGUGAAUUUAACCACCAUGAAUAAAGAAGCACACAAGAACGAUGAAGAAAAACACGCUACAGGCACGAAUGGCACUCAAGACAAACUGCACGUUUUCACAUGGCUGGCAAGAAAAACGUCUCGAGAUUUAUGGGAUGAUGAUGACAACGAUGACGAUGGAAAUGAUGACAAUGUCCCUGUCCAAGAUGGGAGUGCUGAUGGUGCGGAUUUAAGAGACUUUUUAAAGAACUAUCUUUGGAAUUUGUAG